GUCAUCUUUGGCCGCGCCAUUAAAACCGAGUACCUCACGUUGGGUACGCUCUUCGCGACCGGUGGUGCCGUGUAUGCGUCCCUUGGUGGAAAGAAAGAUUCUGCAUUCUCAGGCAAACCUCUUGCAGAGCGCGUGAAGGAGGCUGUACCCAUAAAUGCUGGAUCC